AUGGUGCAUUGUGCGGGCUGCGAGAGGCCGAUUUUGGACCGCUUCCUACUGAACGUCUUGGACAGGGCAUGGCACAUCAAAUGCGUCCAGUGCUGCGAGUGCAAGUGCAACCUCACCGAGAAAUGCUUCUCCAGGGAAGGGAAACUCUACUGCAAAAAUGACUUUUUCAGGAGGUUUGGUACCAAAUGCGCCGGCUGCUCCCAAGGGAUCUCUCCCAGCGACCUCGUCCGGAAAGCCCGGAAUAAAGUGUUUCACCUGAACUGUUUCACCUGCAUGGUCUGCAACAAGCAGCUCUCCACGGGCGAGGAACUCUAUAUCAUCGACGAAAACAAAUUUGUUUGCAAAGAGGAUUAUUUGAACUCUCCCAGUUUGAAGGAAGGCAGCCUCAACUCAGCACCCGGGGCCGGAUCCUGCCACGCCAGUCAGUGGGGCCGCUGCUGUGAGCGAGUGUCCUCAUGUACAGACAGGAGUUUGUCCCCGGAUCUCCAGGACCCCAUGCAGGACGACACCAAGGAAACGGACAACUCGACCUCCUCGGACAAGGAGACCACGAACAACGAGAACGAGGAGCAGAACUCGGGCACCAAGCGGAGGGGGCCCCGCACCACCAUUAAAGCCAAGCAGCUGGAGACCCUCAAAGCCGCCUUCGCCGCCACCCCCAAACCCACCCGCCACAUCCGGGAGCAGCUGGCCCAGGAGACCGGCCUCAACAUGAGAGUGAUCCAGGUGUGGUUCCAGAACCGUCGGUCGAAGGAGCGGCGGAUGAAGCAGCUGAGCGCGCUGGGCGCCCGCCGGCACGCGUUCUUCCGCAGCCCCCGCAGGAUGCGGCCCCUCGGCGGCCGCCUCGACGAGUCCGAGAUGCUCGGCUCCACGCCCUACACCUACUACGGAGAUUACCAAGGUGACUACUACGGGCCGGGAGGCAACUAUGACUUUUUCCCCCACGGGCCGCCCUCCCAAGCCCAGUCCCCGGCCGACUCCAGCUACCUUCAGAACUCAGGACCCGGCUCCACACCCCUGGGACCCUUGGAGCCCCCCCUAAGCGGACACCACUCCUCAGAAAACCAAAGGUACACGGAUAUGAUCUCGCACCCCGACACCCCCAGCCCCGAGCCGGGCAUGACGGGCUCGCUGCACCCCAUUCCGGGGGAGGUCUUCAGCGGGGGCCCCAGCCCGCCCUUCUCCAUGUCCAGCAAUAGCGGCUACAGCGGGGCUCUCUCGCACCCCAACCCGGAGCUCAGCGAGGCGGCGGUGUGGUAG